AUGGCUUCUUCACUUUCACUGUCGAAGGUUAUAACGCCAAACGCACAAAAAAGCGCUUAUUCACCAGAAUCGCUUCGGUCCAGAUCCAUCAAAACAAACUUCCUCGCUUUCGAUCCUUCAUCAACUACGAAAUUCAGAACUAAUUCUCUUCGAAUUCAUCACGAAAGCCCUUUCAAAGCGUCUUUUAGGGUUAGAUGCUCACAGACAGAUGGAAAUGGAGUUCCUGCUAAGAGGACUGUGCUUCAUGAUCUUUAUGAGAAACAAGGGCAGAGUCCAUGGUAUGAUAACCUCUGCCGACCAGUUACGGAUCUGAUUCCUCUUAUUGAAAGUGGUGUCAGAGGCGUCACAAGUAACCCAGCGAUCUUCCAGAAAGCUAUCUCAUCUUCAAAUGCUUACAAUGAUCAGUUCAGGGAACUUGUGCAAGCUGGGAAAGACAUUGAAAGUGCUUAUUGGGAACUUGUAGUUAAGGACAUUCAAGAUGCUUCCAAACUAUUUGAACAAAUUUACGAUCAAACAGAUGGUGGUGAUGGCUAUGUUUCUGUUGAAGUAUCUCCUAGUCUUGCUGAUGAUACUCAAGGAACCAUAGAAGCUGCAAAGUGGCUUCAUAAAUUUGUUUCUCGCCCUAAUGUUUAUAUUAAGAUUCCAGCUACAGCUGCUUGUGUCCCUUCAAUAAAGGAAGUGAUUGCCAAUGGAAUAAGUGUGAAUGUGACUUUGAUAUUCUCUCUUGAAAGAUAUGAAGCUGUAAUUGAUGCUUACUUGGACGGUCUUGAGGCAUCUGGUUUAAAUGACCUCUCUAGAGUCACAAGUGUUGCCUCUUUCUUUGUCAGUCGAGUGGACACUCUCAUUGACAAAAGCCUCGAGAAAAUUGGCACUCCUGAGGCCCUUAAUCUACGUGGAAAGGCAGCAGUAGCCCAAGCAGCACUGGCUUACCAGCUUUACCAAAGGAAAUUUUCUGGUCCAAGGUGGGAAGCUCUAGUUAAAAAGGGAGCCAAGAAGCAAAGACUCCUUUGGGCUUCUACCAGUGUUAAGAAUCCUGCUUACUCUGACACCUUAUAUGUAGCUCCUCUUAUUGGACCCGACACCGUAUCUACCAUGCCAGACCAAGCUCUUCUAGCAUUUAUCGAUCACGGUGCAGUAGCCAGGACAAUAGACUCAAAUGCAUCUGAAGCUGAAGGCAUAUACAAUGCUAUCCAGAAGUUGGGUAUUGAUUGGAGCAAUGUCGGUAACCAGCUUGAACUCGAAGGAGUUGAUUCAUUUAAGAAAGCCUUUGAUAGCCUUCUGGAUACACUUCAGGAGAAGGCAAAAUCUCUUAAGUUGGUCAAUAAGUGA